AUGCCAGGUCUUAGAUUGUUGGAUUCCAAGUUGGCCGCGAUCCCGAUCAUCGUCGCUUUCGCACCCAUUAAAGUCAUUGCGGCCGGAGGAUUUUUCGCCGUGGCCCAUCUCAAGAACCGACAAACCACCAAGGACCUGGACUACCUGCUGGAACCUGACUGGGCGAAUGACAAUGACAUCAAACAGUCGCUUCGGGAGGCCAUCGUGCAGGUCGCGGACGAGCUGGGAUACCCGCAAAACUGGGCGAAUGACGAUGUCGCCCUUUUCGUGACCAAGCAGGCGAGGCACUUACUGAUGAACCUGGCCUUGAAACAGAAUAUUGUACUUUGGUCGGGGAAUCAAAUUACCGUUCUUUCCGCACCGGUCGAGUGGGCGUUGGAACGGAAAUUGCGACGCAUUUACGCAGCGGACCGGGGUCGGAAGGCUGAACUAGAUCUAUCUGAUGCGCUGGCGAUGCUGAACCUCUUGAAGAACGACAAAGGGGGGAAACUGGACAUGGAAUAUUAUCGCACAUUGAACAUCAACGGCUUCGACGUGGUCCCGGAUCGCGAGACGAUGCAACGCGUGUCGGCCGCUUACAAGGCAAAAUACAAUGAGGAAGUCUUCUUCUGA